AAGCGUAUUGGCAUCUCAUAAGCAGCGAGAAGCCCGAAGGAUGGGACUAUAGGUUCACCUUAAAUGGGAAGCAGUUUGUUAAACAGUAAUCGUUGAAUAGAUAUUGUUCGACAUAGGAGAAAUCAGCUGCAUGUAUAAUGUACUUUUCGUCCCAGAUGUCUCCUUGCAAGUGAGGUCCUCGGUGGAGACGCCUGCCAGCACCGUCCAAGUUGAAACGAAGCUUCUUCUAUCACAUGAACCUAGCAUCGAUCACGUUGAGCUAGGGCGCUUAGAUAGCCCAUCGCCCAUCUACCAGCCAACCAUGGCAGAGCACGAGCACAAACCCUACGGGCAACCCGAAUCCCCUCAAAGCCAACAAAUCAGGCAGAUAUGGCAAGGUUAUCAAGAAGAACUUGCCAGAUACGAAAAGGAAUUCAUCGCUCGGCGUACAGAGACGAUCGUCUUGGAGAAGCAGCACCUGAAGAAAGUUCGGGACAUAUUCUUCAGCAAACUUAGAGAAGCCAAUUUGAGGGUCUCUGACUGGAAGAGAACGAAGCAGGAACAAAAUGAAGUCGCGCAGUCCUUUCGAUGGAAUGGGCAUCAGUUGCGGCUGUAUGAGUUUAAUUUCCGUGCGGAGGAAGACAGCGAUGGGGAGAUAUUGUAUCCUGAUGCGGUCAUUCAAGAUCGAUCCGACGCUAAUCCCAUAGCAGAGAGCGCUUUAAAACAAUGCACAGAGACGAUCAAAGAAUAUUAUCAAGACGCAUAUGUCGAGACUCUCAAUUUCCAAAAGCAUCUAAAAGCAAUACCGCGGGAAGAGAGGCAGGAUGUAGCAGUCACAUCACAGGCGAGGUUUGAAAGUGAGAUGAAGAAGCUGGUAUCUCGCAAGCGGGAGGAAUGUCAGUUGAAAGUGUCGCAGAAGCUGAAGGAUGAGGUAGAAGAGGGCCAGAAACGGUGGCAGGAAAAAAAGAAAGAACGCCAGAGACCGACACUACCCCAGAACUAGGAAUGAGAGCGAAUUGGAGAAUAUAUAGCAUUUAGCAAUACUCAAAGAACAAAUUCCAGGUCGAUGGUAUGAUUCGACCAAUGACUAGGGUUAUUAGACGUUACAAAUAGCGCCCGAAGUCGUCGAGGUAUAUCCCUUGUACAGCACAAUUGACCUGAUCUCAGUGAUCGAAUCGGCAGUCGGGGGUCCAUUGGACCAGUACGGGUCACCGCUGCUCCAAGCAUUCCAGAUCCAGUAACCACUUUCCCAAGGCACCUAUGAGAGAGUCAUGAUAGGCCGACUUAUAUGAAGU